GAAAAUAUAUCAAAUAUGGCGGCAAAAUUCUUGUUUGGGACAAAUAGAAACGGGAUAUUUUUGAACAAAUUUGACAAGAAAUGAAUUUUGUUUGUUGAGAAUUUGAAGCUAUGGUUGGACCGUAUGGUGCUGUCACGUGGUGGGGAUUUAGUCCAGCUUUGGACCUUCAAAAUGAGUGUAAAGGAAAUGCAUAUUUUUUGUGUUUGUUUUCUCUUUAUAAAUUGGGCUAUUACAAUUAAUAUCCGUACCCCCCCUGUCGAGGUUUGGUUUUUUAAUGUAAUAGCCCAUUUUAGUAAAAAGGAAUAUAAUUGUUUUUCUGUUAAUUUUAUUUUUAGAUAAAAGGUGGGGUGAUGCUGCCUGCUCAAAAGGUACUUCCUGUUUGUAAUAAAUUUAUUUUCAUUUAUUUUAAUUUAUUUUUAGAAUAUUAAAUAUUGAAUGUACUCUGUCUGUCUGUUGUAAAUCUGUCUGUCUGUCAGUAAUGGCUUUACAUAGCAUCAACUAUUAUCAACUCUUGUCAACUCAUAUAAAAUUUAUCAAAAUUUUUGCUCUAACUAUUACUUUCAUCCGAGACACUAAAAUAUUUUAGCUGAUUUGCUGAUAAAACCCUUAAACACACACCCUAUAGCUAUGGCCCUGUCUAUCUGUCAUCCAUGUUAUUCAGUUAGUGUGUCCGCCAGUCACGGCACAAAACCAAAUCACAUGGUGUAAUGUCCAUUUCGUGUUUCAUGUAGAUCCAAUCAAUAUCCUCUUGGUUGGCUGUGGUGAUUGCCGGCACAUAUUGAAAACUCUUGCAAAGACUUACAAAUGGGAAAAAACUCAAAUUAAUGUAAAUAAAGUUGCUUGAUUUGAUAAUACAUAUGAUGCAACAGAUAAGAAAGAUUAACUCGUUAAGUUACAUUGCGCCCUAAUGCACCCAACUUUAUUACUUUACUCUGUCUAGUAUCAGUUGAUUUUACUCAUCAAGGGGAUAUAUUAUGCACGAUAAAAAAUCGAGUCCAAUGUGGUCAAUGCUUUGACCCCACGGAUCAGUGUGAUCAGAUUUUUUCAGCAGUCAUUACCAAACUUUUCUUCAAAUUUUACUAAAUUAAGAACAAUUUUACCAAAUGUCGGCUUCCCAAAUAAUUAUGUCAUAAUUAGUCAUUCCGAAGUUGAUGAGUGCUCAAAUUAAGUGCUCAAUAAAAAGUGCUCAAAUUAAGAAAUGAACCAAAUCACUAAAAAGGCCACCUCAAAAAUAGUAAGUACAAAAAGUUUGAAGACGUUUACAUGAAUAUCCUAUGAAUAAUAAGCUUUCGAAAAUCCGAUAUUUACUAUGAAAUGUAUUGUAAUUUUGUUUUUGGACGCGCAUCCCAAAACAAUCUUUUAAUCAGUAAUUUCACAAUUUUCGAAAGCUUAUUAUUCAAAGGGUAUUCCAUAGAUGCCAAGUCUCACGCAUUAAGCGUGUGACACACGCCUCAGCAUCAUUUCUCACGCUCACACGCUUCAGUUUGAUUAUCUCACGCAUAAGCAGAAAUUAGUUAGCUGAGAAGCUAAAAUGUAGAGAAAUAAUGGUGAUUGCACUUGUGUUUCCUUGUGUAUUUCAUAAUGUUAUCACUGUCGGACAUUGCAAUCAACACACUACUUCAGGAUGUAACUUGAGCGCAUUUUUUAAUCGCUAUUGCAUCAAGCUAUCAAUUAUACGGCUUACGUUUGACGUACUUAGUAGGCAAGGCUAUUACUCGGCCCCGCUAAAUUAUUUAUAAAGCAGUUAUUGUAACUGAUGUAAAAUCUAAAGACGCAUAAACAUAUUGAGAUAUAUGUGUAUAAGUAUAACUAUAAACUUAAAUGUAAACUCCAAUUAUUGAACAUGUUUUCACAUGCAUUAUUACACAAAAUGUACCUCUGAAAUACUGUUUUUGAGAACCAAAAAUAACACCCAAAUAUGUUCUCAGAACGCUGGAAAUGCUGUUUCCGAGACCAAAUUUCAAAAUUUUUCCGGGAGGGGGGACCCCGGAAAUUUUUCCGGACCCCCCUACGGUAGCUGCGGUGUAUUCAUCUUCAUCUCACGCAUGGACAAAACACAACCUUGGCAUCUAUGGUAUUCAUGUAAAUGUCUUCAAACUUUGCAUACUUACUAAUUUUGAGCACUUUUUAACACUCGUCUCCAGUCCUCUCAUCAACUUCGGAAUGGCUAAUAAUAGAUAGAUAGAUAGAUAAACUUUAUUUAACCACGCUAACCCCGUCAACCGAAGCUGAUUUCCACAGGGGGCGUGUAUAAAAGACAUUACAGAAGUAUAAACUUUAGAAAAUUAUUUACAGAGUAUUAGUAUUAGGCAUGCAGGUAUUAAAGUAAGUAAUGGGAAUAUAACAAUCUAUUUACAUUGUACAUGACAACAUUUGUUGUCUAAUUAAUAAUGCCAAAAAACAAUAGUUACGUCAUCAAAGUAGAAAAAAUAUGCCCAAAAAGGUAUCUCAAAAUACUUGUUACUUUCAUCGUAUUGCAGUUUUUGCUAAUGACAAGGUUUUAUUUCUUAGGCAAGCUUGGCAAUUCUGUUCAUCACUUUGAGCACGUUUAUAUUAAACAAGAAACACACAUUUUUACCAAAACGAUUAUUAAUAAAAACCUUUAAGAUUUUACCAAAAAAACUCAUUACCAAAUUUUCUUGGAAAUUCACGAAAUUUUACCAAAGUAAAACUUUUUACCAAAUCUGGUCACAAAAGCCUUAUGUGUGAUUUCUAUGUAAUAUGAUCUUAGAUUUACGUUGUGGAAAAUAAUCUUGAGCUGUUUGCCCGACAUCUGCUACUUCUUGGCAUUGCAUUGGAAUCCAAGCAGAGACUCGGCCUACAAGGUACGUUAAAAAUUCCUGGGAAACAAACAAGUGAAAUAAUAACAACAUGCAGCCUUGCCACACCCAGGAACAGAGUACUUUUGUCUGACAGAUGAGAUCAAUUGAUCAUUCCAGCUAAAUAGACGAAAUUUUGAUCUAGACAAGAACAACGAAAUCCAUUACCAUAGCUGGAAAGAUCAUCUUAAAAUGAGUAAAAAUUGCAAAGAUUGAUUGCGAAAUGUUGUAACAUGAGGAAACUAUAGCCCUGUGAAGUUCGCAAAUUUUGUAUAUAUUUGCACUACGCGCGGGAAAAAUAACCAUUUUUGAGCCGAAAGUGGUUAUUUUUACCGCGCGUAAUGCAAAUAUAUACAAAAUUUGCGAACUUCACAGGGCUAUAUUUUCUUCAUUUUACAACAUUUAGCAACCAACCUUUGCAGUUUUACUCAUUCUAAUACGCUCUUUCUAGCUGUGGUGUUGGAUUUCGUUCUUCUUGCCUUGAUCAAAAUUUAGUCUAGCUGGAAUCACCUGUUUGAUUGAACCUUUACAUAAACGAUUUGUGCCAGUGUUGGUAUAGUUCCAAUAAUUUGAAAGGUUAGGACUCACUGGAAAAAAAAUUGAAAAUCCAUAGAAGGUCAUAGCAUGGAAAUUGUAUGGACCUUUAUUGGAAAUAGAAUGGAUUUUGAUUAUCCAUAAUAAUUGUAUAUUUCCAUACCAUGGAUAUAGUAUCGAAAUAGUAUGGAUAUACUAUGGAUUUAGUCGUGCAAUUGCAAAUUUCAUAGUGUGGAUUUCACAUUUUUUCCCCCAGUGACUGAUACGGGGAUACAACUACCUGAAAAAUACAAGGAGAACUUGGAGGGUAUUUUCCAGACUUCCUGACAAAAAGGGCCUUCUCUGAAAACGUCAAAGUUCUCCUUGUAGCUUUAAAUGACCGUGUAGCAAAUCUUGUAACAAAUUGAGAAAAAUCUUCGCGCUAUCUUUUGAACCUACAGAGAAAUGUGAACUUUUCUUGGAGCUGUUUGGCAACAGCUUGAUUCGUCCGCAAACCAGUGAAUAUUUACAAGAAAAAGCCAAUGAAUGUAUAAGGUACCUUAACUUUUUAUCUGCCCCAUCACCCACCCCACACCCCCUCUCUAACUUGUUUCCUAUCAGUGGCAGGUACUUUAUGAAUUUGCCAACUUUCUAGGAUGGUAACAGAUUUAGAAUACAUGAAAGAGAAUUUUCCUUUGGUUGACAUGUCACUGUUGAAGGUUUACACAAUGAAUCUUGUAAAUUACGAGUGAUAACUUUUGUGUAUGUAAGGUUCAGAUGAGUUUCUGAAAGCAGGACCGUAUUUUUCGUUUAGUUCAAGGAACGAGACUUGCUUGAAGGGAUAUUUAAGUUUUGGCGAAAUCCAGAUGGAAAAUUAUUUGACAUCACAAAAUGUUGGUAAGAAAUGACGUCAUCUAUCCGUGUAAGAAUUUGUAAUUAUGUAAUUUUCGCGUAUCCAUCUUUUAAACGAAACAGACUUAACACAACUCUGUUAACGCGUUGAGCGCCAUUGCUCUCCUCUUAACGAGUAAAAUCGUCUGGCUUUAGUCACAAUAGUCAGAGUAAAAUAAUAAAGUAGGGUUCAUUAGGACGCAAUGCAACUUAAUGGAUAAACUAGACACAUGGGGAGACAGUCUAAUUAACCCUUGAGUGCUAGCUCUCUCCCCUUGCCGAGUAAAAUCGUCUGGCGUUAAACAGAAUGAAAUAAUGAAGCAGGGCAGAUUGGGGCGCAAUAUGCAACUUAAACUAAACAGACUUAACAGAAGGCAGCCAGCCCAGACGUUAAACUUCCUAUAUCCACAAGUCUUUCUUGCUAAAUUUUGUAUAAUUUUAUAAUAUUAUAGGGACUUGAGACUAAGGAAGUACCUUGAAGUAAGAUACGAUUAUAGAAACAAUGUCUAUGAUUGGGACUACAAUAUGGCUUUACAUAGCAAAGUAUGUGCGUUGUUUUUUUCUUACUUAAGUUUUGUAUUGGACUUUUAUUGCCCAAGUUGUCAACAAGUUUGGAACAAACUGUAACAACCUUGUUGAUAUUAUCAGACUUUUUGCAAGGUUGUUCCAACAAGUCCGAUACAGUCAUGAUAUAACAAUAUUGUUCCAACUUGUGUCAUCAACCUUGUAACAUUCUUGUUAUAUCAUGACUGUAUCAGACUUGUUAGAACAACUAUGCUACAAUGUCUGAUAAUGCCAUCAAGCUUGUUACAAGUUGUUAACAGCUUGUUCCAAACUUGUUACAAUAACUGGGAACAAGCAGUGCGAACACAACUUGUUGACAGCUUGUGAACAGAUUUGUAACAACUUGUUUGCAGACCUGUAACAACUUGUGUGUUUUUACGUGUGUAGGCUCCCAUAAUCCGUUUCCAAGAAUACAAGGUAUGGCGUGAUCAGGGCGUGGCAUUCGAGUUACGUGAAGAUGCUUCUUAUGAAACAACCAAUCGUAGCUUAGCAUCUGGUCUCGUCGUCACCAAGGUAUGAUUGUGUGAGAGUUCAUUUCCGUAUUCUAAAAGCUCACUCACACUAAAUGAGUGGAAGUUCAAUCUGAGCUUCUCUCGAGUGUCAAUGCUGUUUUUGAAUAGCUGGAGGAUGAGUAUUCACAUAGUAAGGUAUGACACUAACCCUCCAGCUAUUCAAAAACAGCAUUGACACUCAAGAGAAGCUCAGAUUGAACCUCCACUCAUUGAGUGUGAGUGAGGUUUUACAAUACAGGCGAUAGUCUGAGCCAGUUUAGGUAGUGCCAAUAAUAACAAGCUUUCGUUGAUAGGGAUGCAACUACCUGAAAAUAUAAGGAGAAUUUCGACGUUUCAAAUAAUUCAAGGCUCUAACUUCCCGACUAACGCCCGUAUUCUAAAAGCUCACUCAAGCUCACACUCAAUGAGUGGAGGUUCAAUCUGAGCUUCUCUUGAGUGUCAGUGCUGUUUUUGAAUAGCUGGAGGGUGAGUAUUCACAUAGUAAGGUACGACACUAACCCUUCAGCUAUUUAAAAACAGCAUUGACACUCAAGAGAAGCUCAGAUUGAACCUCCACUCAUUGAGUGUGAGUGUGAGUGAGCUUUUAGAAUACGGGCGUAAAGGUCUUCGCUUUGCGUCGAAUUUCUCCUUAUAUUUUUCAGGUAGUUGCAUCCCUACCAAGGAAAACAUGUUUGUGUUUAGGAUUCAGAAAAGUGUGGCAGUCGUGGUUAUUGGGGUGACAUCAUAAACAGUCCUUACUUGGCAUUUGGAAUUGAAAGUGACGAAGAAUCUUUGUUUGAGAAGAAAAAUGAUGUUUACGUCAAGGUUGGUCGUUUGUGAAAUUUUUGGCUGCUUCGUUGGUCUGUUAGUAAAAAUCUCACAACUUGUCAACAAGAUGUGUUCGCAACUGGCUUGUAGCAAGCUUGUCGACAAAUUGUAACAAUGCUGUUAUUUUAUCAAGUUGCUACAAGUUUGUCACUCACAAUUUGUCAACAAGAUGUGUUCGCAGCAGGCUUGUAACAAGCUUGUCAACAAGUUGUAAUAAUGCUGUUAUUUUAUCAAGUUGCUGCAAGUUUGUCACUCACAACUUGUCAACAAGAUGUGUUCGCAACAGGCUUGUAGCAAGCUUGUCAACAAGUUGUGUCAAUGCUGUUAUUUUAUCAAGUUGCUACAAGGUUGUCACUCACAACUUGUUGACAAAUUGUUGAAUUGCAGGACGAUAACAAGUUGUUGGAACAACUUGUAACAAGUCUGUUGAGCACAACAACCUUGUAGCAACUUGUCAACAAGCUGGAAACAAGCAGUGCGAACACAUCUUGUUGACAAGUUGUUGGAACUGCGUUGCUACAAGUCUGCUGCAGGUUUGUUACGCGUGUAGUUAGGUUGUUGUAUAUAUUAUAUGUUUUAAAUCCUCGUUUCACUUCGUCCAGAGCGCUCGUGAUAUCUCAGCACACAACGUAACGUCAUUCAUGUAUGAGAUUAUGAACCGUCAGAAAUAUGAGCCAGUGAAACAGCACAGUACUGCCAGGGGUAAGCAGGAACAAGCAACGAUACAAGAGGUUAUUGAGGAAGUUGAGGAACUACAAGUGACAGAGAAGGAUAUUGGAACUGAGGAAAAACAAGGUACUCGAUACUGAAUUCUUGUGAUACUUUUUGUGUGUGUGUUGGUGAUUCCAGCCAAAGACAAAAUUUUGAUCAAGGCAAGAAGAACGAAAUCCAACACCACAGCUAGAAAGAGCAUUUUAAAAUGAGUAAAAUUGCAAAGUUUGGUUGCAAAAGGUUGUAAAAUGAAGAAAAUAUAGCCCUGUGAGGUUCGCAAAUUUUGUAUAUAUUUGUAUUACGUGCGGUAAAAAUACUAACCACUUUCGCCUUAAAAAUGGUUAUUUUUCCCGCGCGUAAUGCAAAUAUAUACAAAAUUUGCGAACUUCACAGGACUAUAUUUUCUUCAUUUUACAACCUUUUGCAACCAAACUUUGCAAUUUUACUCAUUUUAAGAUGCUCUUUCUAGCUGUGGUGUUGGAUUUCGUUCUUCUUGCCUAGAUCAAAAUUUUCUCUAUAACUGAAAUCAACCAUUCACCAUUAACAAAAUCAACAUCUCUCCUCAACAGACGCAGGUUACAUAGCAACGGACAACGUCAAGGUGUAUUUCUUACCCUUGAACUGCGUGCCUGAUUUACAGAAGAAAAGCAAGUAUAGAGAAUUGUUUAAUUUGGUCUAUUUCUCAAACAGGUGAGGGUGUUAUGAUGUUAAGAUGCAAAACUUGGGCGGUUAUGUAAUAUUUCAAAAACUCAUUAAUAAAUCUUGAGGAAAACACAAAGAAAAAUCAUAAGCGUGUCGUAUCUUUAUAUGUAAUAGAGAUUUCCCUUGAUUUAACUUUGAUUUUCUCGACUUACACAACGUAUUUUUUGAAAAUUACUUCGCCAAUGAACUUACUAGAUCGAUCGUUUUUGAAGCAAUGUAAAACAUUCGCAGUGCGUGUUUUGUCAGAUCUAAAGAUACCCGGUUUCGCCUCGUAUCUUUAUAUCUGAUAAAACACUGCUUCAUGUAUGUUUUAAAUAGCAUAAACUAGACGGUUCUUUGCAAACGAGUUAACCGACUGUUCUUUGCAUUCCUGUAGUACGGUCCAUCUCUGCACACCGGAGGUCAAAGCUCUCUUUUCCCAGCAUUCCAUGUUGAUUCUCGAGACUACAAAGUAAGUUUAAUACCGGUUUUAACCCAGUCUCCUGCCCAAAUGGGCUUUUGUAAUAUGCUUUAAGGCCAUUUCCACUCGGGAAAAUUUUCCACAGAAAGAACAUUUUGUAAAAUGUGAUUGGUCAACACAUAUUUUCCGUCGGAAGAAAAUUUUGAAGUUGAAAAUUUUCAACUUUUAACAAAGAUAUUUUCGCAAAAUGUUCUGUCCAUGGAAAAUUUUCUUGGGUGGAAAUGAGCCUUAAAUACUGAAACCAUACGCUUAUAGGUUUAUGAUAGAUUUAAAAGAGGAACAAAGUAAUGAAUAUUUAAAUAAAGUUUCUGCAAUGGCGCAGAGAGCUGGAUGUCAGGUAAAUAUCGUACAUUAUUUGUUUGCAAGUGCCAUGGUUUUUGUUUGAACACAGGGGUGGAUUUAUAAGGGGGGGGGUGCGCACCAAGGCCAACAGGGGUGCAAAAAAUAUCAAAUUCAGAAAUAUGACAUAAUUUCCAAGGUUUUUCCUUUUUUGAAGUCAAACUGAAGCUCAUAAUUCAAUGCCCAUAUCGCAGCAAAUGGCAUUUCUAGGGUUCUAAUUUUCAAAAUUGUCCGGGAGCAUACAUACCCCUGGACCCCUAGGGAGCUCGCGCCUUCGGCGCUCGAGUCGUUAGGAAGCCAUUUCAUUUGAAUUCUCUCCCACCAACCCCUAAAUGAUUAUAAAGAAACACUCGGCGACUCACCCAGCACCCCCACCCCAAGAAAAACCUUGCUGGAUCCACCCCUGUUUGAACAACCGCCCUAUUUUAUUUUAGAUUCUUGGUUCUUGUGAUGCUGUCAAAGAUACUUAUGCUUAUUUCAAGUACACAGUAUAGUAUAUUGCAUACAAGCCAGUAAUGACUUCGUCUAUUUAACUGGAACGUUUUUAUUCAGGGACAGAUUGAACGAAAGGUUGAUAACGCUAUUCACCGGGUAGUGAUUUUUUCAAACCGUUUCUAGUUGAUUUGUAUAACCCUGAUUAAACUUUCAUAUCUGUCAAUUCAAGUUUCUUUUUAUUUAAUGUGAGAUUCAUAUCAGUAGUUCUGUGGCUUUUAGGCAUUUUUCCACAUGUUGAAAAAAUCGCUACCGGGUCGAUUGGGCCGCAAUCUCCCAAUCGCGUGAUGCAAGACCUAAUCGAAUGCGAGCCUUUUGCAUUGUAAAUAUGUAUUUAAAUUAUCGCGUCUUCAUUAUAGUUUCGGAAGCGUUCAAAAAGCUUUGCGCGAUUACUGCACGUUUGUCGGGAACAUUAAAAAAAUUAUGGAGUGAGGUCGAGCUGAGGAAUUAUUAAGGCCGAGGUUUGCCCAUUGAAAACCAGUGAACUCUAUAUAAACUGGAAGGCUAUAACUCCUAUGAUUUAAGCCUAUGAUUCGCUGAAGCCAAAAUAGGUUUUCUGCCGUUUUGAGCUGAAAUACUUGAUCCCAAACGUUGGGCU